AUGCUGGUUAAAAAUAAAAAGAUAUCUCAUCCACGUAUGAUUGAGUUCACCAACAGUGAUGUGAACGUCAUAUUGGUGUCUAAUUAUAAGUUUGUGGCUGAAGAUGACAAUGAAUUAUCAAUAAAUAAAGGUGAUUUGUUGAAAUUCAUUGAUAGAAAAGAUAAAGGAUGGAUUUUGGUAAAGUUUUUGGACAGGCUUGAUUCAGCUGGGUUAAUACCGGCAAGCUAUGUUGAUAUUGUUAUUAAUGAUAUUAAGAAACCUAUAAAUUUGAAUUGGUUAAAAGGUGAAGAUAAUAAUGGGAUAACAAAAGAUAUUAGAGAUUUAAGUGACCCUGUACCUUUACGAAGCAGCCAGAGAAGUCAAAGGAGUAAAGAAAGUACUAGUUCAACACCAAGUCCCAUUAAGAAGAGUUAUUCUUUACAUUCAUCCCAAUCAUCACAACAUUCAAGUAAUUCUUAUCCCAAAAAACUGGUCCCUAGCUUUCCUGUUCCAAAUUUACCACAAAAUUCUUCAGGUUGGAAUAAUAAAUUUGAAUAUCAACGAUCAAAAAGUUCUCCUUUAUUAAUGCAAGAAGGGAUGCAAUUUAAAAGAUCGAAUAGUGAAAAGAAACCUUUGAGGGUUAAUACUGAAUUCAAUCAAUUUCAAAUACCCCCUAGUCCUAUAAGUCCAGAAAUGUUUAAGAUGCAAGCUAAGUUUAAUAAUUUCAACCUUAAAGAAACAGAUUCUACCACUGACAAUUCAAAUGAAAUAGACUUUAAUAUGAAUGAAAUCACCUCGGUUACAAUAACCAAUUGUCUUACUCACGACAGUAGAUAUUGGUAUAGAGUUGAUGUCAAAAGUGCAACUCGAAAAAUAUCUCUAGGGAAAUUUUAUCAAGACUUUUAUAAUCUACAACUCGAUUUAUUACAAUAUAAGGGGAAUAAUUUACCUAAAUUACCCGAUCCAAUAUCGAUAAAUGAGACUGAAGAUGAAAUUUUGUUGAUUAAAACCUUAAUUAAAAGAUGUCAGGAGCUUAAUGUGUACGUGAAUAAACUACAUAUGUUGAGAUUCCCUGAAUUUUUAGAUUGGCUUAAAAUUUCCAAUAAUAAACUUUUUUUAAUCCAGAAUGGUGAAACUAACGAUGAGAUAAAUCAGAAAAUUUUACCAGGAUCGAUAAAUUUGAUUUAUAAGAAAAUCUUAGUGAAGAUUAUCUUGUACAACAAUGAUUUGAUGACAUUGAAUAUGAAUAAGCAAGAGUUAUUUACUAUCAAUGAUUUAAAAUUCAAGGUCAAACAAACAGUAAAUUUUAAGAAUUUAUUAUAUAAGACAAAUGAGAAGUUUGAACCGAUUGAAAACAUCAAUAUUGAUACUAUUAGAAAGAGUGAAAAGAUCUUGUUAAGACUUUCUUAG